AUGACGACGAAUCGAGGUAUCCACGCUGCGGCGGCGCACCCUAAACAUGUCGCUUUCGUUUUCCAGGGGACAACGCAAAUGUGCUCGAUUGUUCGAAGAUCGAAAUUAACACCUUACGUGAAAAUGGGUCGCGCGACCACAUUUUUUUUAGCUCAGUGGCAAACAAGCCCACAAUGUCAUCCGGGGCGCGGGUUCGAGCCCCGAAGAAGCCUAAGUUUUUUUCUUUUUUUUUUUUUUGGAAUUCUUGUUUCUUAUUGCUUUUUAAACUUCUGGUUUGCAGGACGGUGUGCGAGUUCUGCAAUCGCACUGAUUCCAUCAGUUUCGUGGUGUGUGCGGCUGCGGCUGCGGUGGUGGCCGCGUGAGAGUGAGUGA